GGGCGGAGUUCGGAGCUCGGAGGCGCGGACAGGGGCGCGCGGGACCCACAGGCCGGGCCGGGCCGGGGACGUGGCAGCCGCCUUUCCCACCAGAAAGUUUCCCAGGAGUUGGCUGCGCCCGGGUGCGGGGCCGGCGGGCUGGGCCAUGAACGUGUUCCGUAUCCUCGGCGACCUGAGCCACCUCCUGGCCAUGAUCUUGCUGCUGGGGAAGAUCUGGAGGUCCAAGUGCUGCACAGGCAUCUCUGGGAAGAGCCAGAUCCUUUUCGCUCUCGUCUUCACCACCAGGUACCUGGACCUGUUCACCAACUUCAUCUCCAUCUACAACACCGUCAUGAAGGUGGUUUUUCUCCUCUGUGCUUACGUCACAGUGUACAUGAUCUAUGGGAAGUUUCGGAAAACUUUUGACAGUGAGAAUGACACCUUCCGCCUGGAGUUUCUCCUGGUCCCAGUCAUCGGCCUCUCUUUCCUUGAGAAUUACAGUUUCACUCCCCUGGAGAUCCUCUGGACUUUCUCCAUCUACUUGGAAUCCGUGGCCAUCCUGCCCCAGCUGUUCAUGAUCAGCAAGACUGGCGAGGCCGAGACCAUUACAACUCACUACCUGUUCUUCCUUGGGCUGUACCGGGCACUCUACCUAGCUAACUGGAUCAGGCGAUACCAGACUGAGAAUUUCUACGACCAAAUUGCAGUGGUCUCUGGAGUGGUACAAACUAUCUUCUACUGCGACUUCUUCUACUUAUAUGUGACCAAAGUCCUUAAAGGAAAGAAGUUAAGUCUUCCAAUGCCAAUUUGAGAGCCCUCAGAGACCAAGGACACAAAGCCAACUAUUUGAGAUGUUCUACUGAGCAACUCAUACACAACUCAGACCAAAUAUUAAAGGCAGAAAAAUGCGUAGCACGGAUGGAUUUCUGCAAAGCACUGAUCAUUUUAUCUAGACGACCUCAUCAAUUAACAUUUCUCUUCUAGAAGCAAUGAAAAGCCUGGGCCAAUUACACUAACAUGGCGCCAUACGAUGCCAACAGGAACAUCAAGAAUCCUUGAGGUUUGUGCUAAAACAGUCCAUCCCACUGUGGAAAGCCGUCCCUUUGUGUACAAAGCAAACCCAAUUUACAAGGUUUGCCGAGACUUACACAGUUCCAUGUCUCGCCUCCAAAGUCGACUUGAGUCUUGCUGGUUGCUCGCGGCAGCCCCACCCCCAAUCUAACCCCACCAACCACCCUAACUGUGCACCAUCAGCGUGAAGGCCGCUUUACGGAAAAGGAAACAAGAAACCCAGGGCUUUCCCUAUUAGGUACUGUUUAACUGCUUUGUAACUCAAAUUUUUGCAUUUGCACCCAUCAAUCCCCCCUCUCUCUCACAGUUUUAGGUGCUAAAGCAAUUUCCAACAUUCCCAACCCUUGUCUUGAAGCAAAUAAUAACUCUACGAGUACCAACUGCCAUUUGGCUAUAGUCAGAAUUUUUGAGUAAUAAAA